UAGCUAGACAGAAAGAAAGAGAGUAGUUAGACUUAAUUAUCAACUAAUUAUUAUUAUACUAUAUAUAAGCAAGAGUAUAAGGGUAGGAAUAAUUUCUACAAAUUCUAUGCAACACCUCACUUGCUUAAUUUCAUGCUCAAAAGAAUUAUUCCAAAUCCUCUUUUUUAAUUAAAUUAUUACUCCAUUUUUAUUCUAAAUUAAUUAGUCCUCAAUCAUAUAUAGAAUUUGGAAAACAACAUAUAGUUGAGGCCAAAAGGGGAAAUUAGAGAGCUUUAAUCAUGAUUAGGGCAGGAAGUCCUAACACACAAGGAUCCAAAACAAGCCUUUCCAAUAAUCAUAAAGUUGAUGAGGAGUCUGAGGAGGAUGACAAGGUAUUAUUAUUAGAGGAAGAAGAAGAAGAAGAAGAAGAAGUUGGGGAAGAGGUGGAUGACAACAGUAACAGUAACAGCCGGGUGAUGAUCAAGAUCAAUGGUUCGAGUUCGAGUACGAGCACCGUCGAGGAGGACGAUAAGAAGGGGCCUAACUCCUCGGGAUCCGUGAGGCCGUACAACCGCUCGAAGAUGCCACGGCUCCGGUGGACCCCGGAUCUUCACCUUUGCUUUGUUCAUGCUGUUGAGAGGCUAGGAGGACAAGAAAGAGCAACACCUAAGUUGGUCCUUCAGAUGAUGAAUAUCAAAGGCCUAAGUAUUGCUCAUGUCAAAAGUCAUCUUCAGAUGUACAGAAGCAAAAAGAUUGAUGAAUCAAAUCAAGCAGCUAUGAGCAAUCAAGGGAUAUUCAGUGAUAAUGGAAGAGAUAAUAUCUACAAUCUCAGCCAGUUACCUAUGUUACAAGGCUACAAUCAUCAAAGACCGCCUUUUAGUCUAAGAUAUGGUGAUCCUUCUUGGAGAGGUCAUUCCAACCAAGCGUAUGCUCCUUACAACGUUGGGACUUCAUCAUCAGAAAGAUCUAGAAACGGAUUGAAUUUCAGUUCACUCCCGGAAAGGAUGAUAUUUUCAAGUAGUAAUAGCAAUAUCUUCCAAGGGCAAAUGUCAAAUUGGAGAAACCAACAAACACUAAAAAAAACCCCAAUAAUACUAUCUCAUCAAAGCAAUGGAUCAUCAUCAUGUCAAUCCACUAGUAGGCCAAUUAGGUCUAACAUGGAGUUAAAUUUAGCAAUUAGUCCAAUUCAACAAGUAGUACCGCGUGAUCAAGGAAAAGAUCAUCAAAGAUCUAACUCUUCAAACUUCCUUAAACCCUACUCGAACAUCAUCGAUAUCAAACAAGGUUCAACAACCACAACAAGUAAUCAUUUGAAGAGGAAAGCUAUGGAUUUGGAUCUCUCCCUUGCCCUAGCUCAUCCAAAAGAUAUCGACAACAACGAUCCAUUAACCAAGAAAAACACAAAGGACAAAGAGGUAAUAAUAGGAAGUAGUGAUAAAUUAUUAUCACUUUCAUUACAAUAUCCACCACCACCAUUAUUAUUAUCGUCUAGCUCGGAACACGAUAACCAGUUCAUAAUUAGCAAGUUGAAGGAAGGAGAUGCAAGUAGUAGUAGGAUGAAUAAUAAGCAACAAACAAGGACGAGUUUGGAUCUGACUUUAUGAUUGAAUGAAGACAAUUUACAAGUGAGAUCUUGAUCAUGUACUUUUUUUUAUUUGCAAAAAGUAGAUAAAUAUAUCUAUUGCAUAUAAUAUAACUAAGGUAAUAUAAUGCCAAAUUUAAAUUGUC